AUUCAUUGAAAACCCUAAUUCAAAAACCCAGUCGACUAACCUGAGGAAAAGUGUAAGAUUUCAUCAUUGUAUAUGCGUAAUUUCAUUAAAUGGACGUUGAUAUAGGUAGGUGGAUUCUCGAGUUCCUCAUACGACAACACUCACUCGACGAUCGCUUAUUAAACGUUCUAAUUCGCGUUCUUCCUUUGCCAAACAACGACCCAAGCAUUACAAAGAGUCUGCUCUUGCGAAAACUGGAGUCUGAUAUCAAAAAAGGUACAAUCUCCGAACGUACUCUCGAAUUCUUAGAACAAAUUGAAGAAUUGGAUCAUAGAGAAGGAAAUACUAAGGUUUCUGAAGCCAUGAAAGCAGCGUAUUGCGCUGUUGCGGUGCAUUGUACAGUAAAGUUGAUUGAAGAGAGUGGGGAUGAUGAUACAUACAAGUAUUUUUGUGCUGUGAGUAGGAUAUGGAGGGGUAGGAUUGAAAAAAUGGAGAAAUUUGAUGUGGCAAACGGAGUGAGCUUGGUUUCUGAUGAUUUGUUGGGUUGGAUGAAUGAUCUUGAGGCUGGCGUUUGGGUUCCAAAUUAUUUUGAAAAAGUCUUGGUGAAGUAUAAGGGAUUGGAUGCAGUGGAUGCCGUUUGUUGUUAUGUCAAGGAGGCUAAAGAAAAGAUGGGUCCUACGUUUCUUGAAUCAGUGGCUGGGACACUGGGUGAUGAUAUGCCAAGGAAGGUUUUGGAUUUGGGUAAAGAGGAAGAACAUCAUGAUCAGAUUAAAGAAGUAGCUGCAGAUGGUGCUUCAAAUGAUGUUCAAUGUGUUAAUGCCAAUCUCAAUAGAGAGGAUAAAGGUGCCCAUAAUAAGGUUGUUGUAGAUGAUCCCAGUCCCUCGUGUGAUCAUGGUGAAGCCCUAAAUGCUAAUGGAGAUGAUCAAAAGGAGCCUAAUGUUAGCCUAAUGGAACAAAAUAGCACUGCCCAUGUCUUUGAGUGGAGUGACUCCAUUGAUAAUUCCAACAAAGAUUCACCAAAAAAGCAACCCAUUACACCUCUCAAGUACAAAAACAAGAAACUCCCACAAACAAGAAAGAAAAUGAGAUGGAGUAUCACAGAGGAGGACACUCUGCGAACAGGAGUGCUAAAGUAUGGUAAAGGAAAUUGGAAGCUGAUGUUAAAUAUAUAUCGUGACAUAUUUGUAGAUAGAACAGAGGUUGAUUUGAAGGACAAAUGGAGAAAUUUGACACGUUGACAAGUCAAAACAAUCCAUUAGAUUCCUUUCCAAGUUUUGGAGAUUUUGUUUAGUGAAGAAGUGUUUUAUGAUUGUAUAUUUUUGGCUAUGAUUGUUAGGUAAAAGUUGGUUAUGAUUGUAUAUUAUUCUCAUGCUUAAGGAUUACAUUUUUUUUAACAAUUUUCAUGGUUGAUACAAAGUUAAGAAUCAAUUCUUUUAAAGUUAAA